AUGGUCAAAAAGUGGUUUUCCCGAAGCUCUGUCGAGGCUGAUCCGGCUCUCGUCUCACGGGCCGCUUCGACCAAGUCGGACAUCUCAACAUGGACGACCACCAGCACGAUCCAGGAAGGAGAUACGCUGUCCGAAGAUGGUGUGGCUCUCUCCAUCCACCCGCUUCCCUCGAAGGAUGGCCUCAUCGCCAAGAUCACGCCGCCGAAGCAGCCUGUGAAGCCCAUCGUCCACGUGCCCUGCGACAUCGUCCUCGUCAUCGACGUGUCGGGCAGCAUGGGCUGCAACGCCCCGGUCCCCGCCAACCCGGGCGAGGAGACGGAGAACUACGGCCUGUCGGUGCUGGACCUCGUCAAGCACGCCGCGCGCACCAUCCUCGAGACCAUGGACGACGGGGACCGGCUCGGCAUCGUGACCUUUGCCUCCAAGGCCAAGGUCGUCCAGAAGCUGACGCCCAUGAACAAGAAGAACAAGGCGCUCGCGGAGAAGAACAUCAACGGCAUGCGGCCGAUCGACGCGACGAACCUGUGGCACGGCCUCGUCGAGGGCAUCAAGCUGUUCAACGCGGGCGGCGAGGUCAACACGGGAAGGGUUCCGGCCGUCAUGGCGUUGACGGACGGGAUGCCGAACCACAUGUGUCCCGUUCAGGGUUAUGUGCCCAAGUUGCGCGGCAUGGAACAGCUGCCCGCCUCCAUACACACGUUUGGCUUCGGAUACUCUCUGAGGUCCGGUCUGCUGAAGUCCAUUGCCGAGAUUGGCGGCGGGAACUACUCCUUCAUCCCGGAUGCCGGCAUGAUUGGGACCGUUUUCGUCCACGCCAUGGCCAACCUGCAGGCAACCUACGCCAUCAAUGCCACCCUGCGCCUCACCUUUGGUGCCUCUGUCGAUCUGGAAGAGACGAGCGGCGAUUCUGUCGUCAAGCAGGAGGCUCUGACUCUUCCCGACGAGGACGGCGAGCCCAAGCAGCUUUCGAUAUGCCUAGGGAACAUUCAAUACGGUCAAUCGCGAGACAUUUUCCUGCAGGUCACCACCACCGGCCCCGAGGAUCUCACCCCGCAAGGUUCGAGCAUCAAGGCGGUGGUCGAGUAUUCUCGAAUGACCAGCACCGUCCACAGGCAAACGGCCGAACAGUCUCUCCUCGUCCCGACAACCCUCCCGGAGUCCGAGAUCGCCUACCACCUCUCUCGCUCCAGGAUCUGCUCCUACCUCUCCUCCAUCAUCCCCACCCGCGAGGACGGCGAGCACGAGGCCAAGAGCCACAUCUCGCUGGCGGUCAGGGAGCAGCUCGACAGCCUCAUCCGAGACCUCCCCGCGAACAAGUUCCCCUCUGAUCCCCAAAACAGGUCCCUGAUCGAGGACCUCGCGGGCGAGCAGCCAAAGGGGCAGAUCUCCCUCGCCCUGACGAACCGUGAGUACUACAGCAAAUGGGGCACCCACUACCUCCCGUCGCUCCUCAACGCGCACACCCGCCAGAUCUGCAACACGUUCAAGGACCCCGGCCCGCUGCGGUACGGCGUCGACAGCCCGCUGUUCAUGGCGUGCCGGGACCGGCUCGACGCCGCCUUCGACAACCUGCCCGCGCCGACGCCGUCGAACGAGCACAUGGCGACCCACCGCGGCCGGGUGAAGAUGAGCUCGUACAACAGCUCGUCCGGCGUGUGCUUCGUCUCGUCGACGCCCGUCCAGCUGGCCUCGGGCCUGACGGUCCCCAUCAGAGCGCUCCGCCGGGGCGCGGCGGUCCAGACGCCCUCGGGCCGGCGCCGCGUCGUCGCCGUGCUCAAGACGCCGGUGCGGCGGGAGAUGAUGUGCCGCGUCGGGAGCCUGGUCGUCACGCCCUGGCACCCGCUGUCCCUCGACGGCGGCAAGACCUGGGUGUUCCCCGCGAGCGUCGCGGAGCGGCCGGUGAGGUACACGGGGUGCAUCUACUCGGUCCUGCUGCAGCCGGACCGGGACCCGAACGCCCAUGCCGUGAACGUCGCGGGGUGCUGGGGUGUCACGCUGGGGCACGGGCUCGUCGCCGGACAGGACGCAAGAGCGCACGCCUUCUUUGGUGACUACGGGAAGGUUAUGGCGAGUCUGAGGACGUUGGGCGUUGGGAGGAAGGGCGUUGCUGUUGGCGGAGGCGUGGUCAGGGACCCGAGGACUGGCUUGGUCCGCGGCUUCAAGUCACAUAAGCAACGGGAGGGGGUUACCGUUCGGAAGUGGAAGAAGGUCGGCUGCGCUGUUUAG